UUCCUGGUUGGGGCUAUAUAUAUAUAAAGAAGACUACACACCAUAAGUCGGAUAAAACACAACUCGUGGACAACGCCCCGUUACGAGAAGCUCCGAGUGCAGGUCGUGGUCAACAUGCCAUUUAAAAUAGCCAGACAAUGCUGACCAAUAAUAAUGACACAGGUAUAUGACCGCAUCAGUGCGCACCGAAAAAUGGGUCUCAUAAAUGAAACUGUGUAUGGUGGCCAACUCGCCUAUGUCUACACAGAACCUGAAGUCGGUCGGAAGACAGAGGAGAAAGGCGUUGUACGGCUCUGGCAGCGAGGGACUCGAAAAAAGUCCCCUAAGAAACCUGAUUGAAUAAAACAAAAGUACAUCGAACACAAAUGAUGUUGGACAGAAAAUGGACAGCUGUGACGUUGUAAACUCCUUAGCAAUGAUAACGUUCCGGUCUACCUUAGAAGGGUGAUCAUAUUUAAAGAGUCAUCAUGUAAUUGUAAACAAGACACGAGGGAAAGAGAUUUGCUGACUGAUCAAACAGCUCCACACCUGAGGAACGGAGACCUGCUGACUUAUCAAAUUGCUUCACACUUUAGGGACGCAGACCUGCUGAAUGGUCAAGCUGCUUUACGUUAGAGGGACACAGGUCUAAGGCAGGAACAAACUGCUCCAGACUGGAGGGACUCAGACCUGUUCAUUAUAAGUGCAGGGCAAAUAUCCUUUGUUUUUUUCCGGUUUUUUUUUUUGUGUAUAUCAGGUAAGCUUUCGGCUACAGGCAAAAUUUUCACGAUUGUUAAAAAAGGUAAGGUUCUAUGUGUUUCGCCAAGAGGAAUGGUAUGAGAGAGCUUUAUGUUUUUUGUUGUGGCGUCCUAAAUGUUUUCUGUGUUACAUGUAAAUAGGCUAAUGGUAUAUUUUAUAUUCAAGGUGAUAACUUUAGUUUACCACCGCAACUUCCACCAUCAAUACAGGUGGUUUCCAGUUGUUCUGUGGGCAUCCAAUGGUUAGCAGUCACCGAUCAAUGUUUAGUGUGUAUUAUUUUUCAGCCACAGUUCAAACAACACUCCCAACAACAGUUACAACGACAGUUACGACGACAGUUCCAAUGACUGUCACUAGUAAACCUUGCCCGACAACAUCAUCCGCACCUGUCACUAGACCUUGGCGACAACUUUAUGAUUCGUGUGGCGUGCAGGGACAGGAUGCGCGGUGUACUGCUACCAAUAGUGCUUGUAUGCCUCACAAGGAUGGUACGUGGCAAUGCAGUUGCAUCCCUGGGUUUAUUGAGACGGGAGUAAAUUGCACGAAAUUGCCAGAAGGAAUCUUCAGUACUAACGAAGUGUUUUCCACAGUACCAAGCGAUGCUAAUAUAGGACAUACAGUAUUGACGGCAGAUUUUUCACAAAUAUUGAACAUCUGUUCAACGAAACCGGAAGUGACGUUGUUUGGAGACGAUGAUCUGUUUGAGGCUGAUGUCACUUCCUGUCAUAACGUCACAAUUCGCACCAAUUCAAGGCUCCCGCUCGAGUCCAGUGUCAGACAUAUUAUGGUGAAAGCUAAGCUUGUAGCCGGCGCCAAUGUCAUUAUGGAUGCCAUCUUUGUAACAGUCACAAUUCAGAGUUCAGUCAAUAACAUUGUUGUUGUUUUACCAGACAUGACUUUUUCUGGCCACUUCGUAACAUCAGUAGCACCAGGUGGAACCCUUUCACUCUCCAACUCUGACUUCAUGAGAAUCACUUCUGCUGGGGACGUUUACACAAGAGAACAGCUAAGCGUAGCAGACAUCGCAUCUGACGAUGAUGAAGUUGCAACGAUUCUGACAACAAACAUCCAACGCCUUGUGGAUUCUUCCACAACUUCGACUAGUCUAACUGCCGUUAUCUUGAGCACGCAGAUCGAAAGAAGAAUUUCAGAAGGUAGAAACAACAACUUUGUAGUGGCAUCGUUUAGAAAGCUACUUCAGUCCUCCUUAAAUGUGCGUGUAACAUCUGGAAUAAACAAUAAUAUUUUUGCAUUUGACGGCACUGUGCUUAAAAUACAGAAUGCAGGAGAACUGGACUAUGAUAAAGGACAGAGAAGUUUCAGCUUCUCGUUCACUGUCCAAAUCACCUCCUAUACCAUACCUGUCGCAGUGGCCAUAGAAGUGCUACCGGCCAACGAUAACAGUCCUGGAUUUGUAACAGACACCGGCGAUGGCACAGAUCAAUACAGCUUCACCUUGUUCCCCACGCCAAUCUCAUCCGUUGUUUGUGGAGCAGUGAGGGCUAGGGACGAGGAUUCGGGAUCACAGCUAAAUUACACCAUCGAUCCACAGUCCGCCAUGGUGAGCUAUUUUACAGUGGGACAAUAUGACGGCAUAGUGAGCACGCGUGUAAGGACAGACAUGAUUCCGUUCAUAAAUAGCACGGGUGUUGGUGAGGACCAGACGGCGACCUUCACGGUACUGGUACGAGAUGAAACCAUCCUCCACACCAACUCGUGUACUGUGACCGUGUAUCUGAAGAGGACGCCUGAACGUAACCUUGGCCGUAACUAUCGUGCUGGUGUCUUUGAAAAUGUAUCUAUAGCGACAGCGGUGAUAACUGUUUCUGAAUCGGGGUACACCCAGUAUGAGUUUGCAAGUCGGACCGGUUCAGCUAUCUUCUCCAUCCACCCUAGUACAGGACUGGUAACAGUGAGUCAGUUUUUAGACCGAGAGACCCGGGACAGCUAUAAGUUUUCUGUGACUGCUAUUGAAGAAAAAAGCCAGACAUGCGCACUUGUUGUGAUUGGAGAUCUGAAUAUAACUGUAUUAGAUGCCAAUGAUAAUUCCCCGGUGUUUGGCAGAACUAGCUACGAAGGAAGAGUGGACGAGAACAUGCCUGUAAAUAGCAUAGUAAAGCUUGACUUUCCAAUAACGGCCACUGAUGCGGACAUAGGAAGUUUCACCUUCAGAAUUACUCAGGAAAGUAGCCGCUUCGCUAUAUCACAAUCUGGCGAGAUUUCAACGAUACAGCGAUUUGACAGAGAGGCAACUACUAUGUAUAAUGUGGCAGUAGUAGCUGAUGAUGGCAAGAACACAAACCAAGCCGUGGUCAAGGUGACAAUUGGUGACCGAAAUGAUAACGAUCCGGUAUUCCCUCAGGCAUCAUACAGUGUGACUAUCUCUGAAAAUACAAUGGAUAACAACCUGAUUAGUGUUCCUGCUGUUGACAAUGAUGCAGGAAGAAAUGCAAACCUGUCGUACUUGCUUGACGGGGGAGGGGAUUCAUUUGACAUCGGCUAUAAGACUGGAGUAGUCUCUGUAACCGUUCCACUGGACAGGGAGCUUCAGUCAUCAUACGGACUCACAGUUACUGCAAUUGAUGGCGGUGACCCCCCACGAAGCUCCUCCACGACAGUCACAGUAAGCGUCGAUGACGUUAAUGACAAUAGUCCUGUGUUCAUUGACAGUUCUCUUGUGAUGUCGACGGACGAAGAGGUUCCAUGUUUAACGAAUCCGAUUGGAAUUCUUAGCGCAAUAGACAACGAUGAUAGUGACACACUCCAAUACAGCACAUCCGACGCACGAUUCACUGUGGACCAAAACACUGGAGAAAUCAAGUGCGUAAACAUACUGGACUACGAAGAACAACAGCAAUAUAAACUACCGGUGACUGUGAGAGACAAAGGAUCGAGUCCUCGUCAGACAUCAGGAACAGUCAUUAUAAAUCUGCGGGAUAUCAACGACAACACUCCUAACAUCACCCAUCCCGAUACCGCCAGUCUUCAGCAAAAUGACUUUGUAGAGAGCAGACCAGUCAUGGUUGUGGAUGCUGAAGAUAAAGACUCGGGUGAAAAUGGCCAAGUGACUUUUUCUUUAACUGGGGCAAAUAUGGUGUCUAUCGAUGAUAACGGCAUUAUCAGCACCGUAGCUGGAGCAACUCCUGCCGCUAGCACAUAUUAUGCAACGGUCAAAGUAGAAGACAGGGGCUUUCCAUCAAGGAGUGUCACUUCUACUGUUGCAAUACAAGUAACAGCCAACACCAAUGUGAAUCUAAGGUUUGGUGAACAACAACACAAGUUCGAUGUGUCAGAGGAAAAAGAACCAAACACGGUCGUGGGUGAUUUGAGCCAAAACUUAGAAAAUCGGAAUAGCCUUGUUCCAAAUUAUGACAUUCCCAACCCCUCAGACGUAUUCACGAUUGACAGUAUCACAGGAGUUCUCAGAACUAAAAUGAAACUGGAUCGAGAGACAAAAGCGGAACACAUUGUCUUCGUUCGUGUGCGAGAAAGUGGCGCGACGACAGGAGACUUGACAUUGGUUAACGUGAGUGUAGCAGACACAAAUGACCACCCGCCUGCGUUUUUUAGAGACAAAUACAGGAUGGUUGUAAAAGAAGAUACAGCAGUCGACUCAGUUAUAACUACUAUUAGUGUGACGGACAAAGAUGUAGGGGUCAACGCUGAGAUACAUUUCUCCCUCAACAAUGGCUUAAGCUCAGAGUGUUCGUUGGACUUCAAUGUCAAUGAAAGGAACGGUCAACUACAAGUGGUUCGGGAGCUCGACUACGAAACAUACAUCGCCUGUCAGUUUACUGUGCAGGCGUUUGACAAAAGUUCCUCCCCACUUACGUCAAGUGUUGAGGUGGAUAUCACAAUCAAAGACGUCAACGAUAACAGUCCAUCUUUCUCGGAAAUUACCUACCAGAUCGACGUCGCGGAAAGCUUCAGAACAGAGACCAGUAUAUUUGGCACAGUCAGUGAUGCAGACUCGAAUGAAAAUGGUAGAGUACAACUGUCAGAUGGCAACUCAAACGUGUGUCCCUUCAGGAUAAAAACAGACACUAAAUCUCUCAUAAUGACUUUGGGAGAAAACGCACAGCUGGACUACGAGACGGAAACAUCCUACAUAUGCGUCAUUGUGGCGACCGACAUGGCAUCUUCGAACCCACGAACAAGCAGUGCCACCGUCACUGUCAGUAUCAUUGAUGUCAACGACAAUCCACCUAUUUUUAGCUCUCCGUCAUAUAAGGUCAACAUAUCACGUGACCUCGGCCCUGGAUACAAUGUCAUCACUGUCAUGGCAACAGAUGCUGAUUCCGGCUUGAACAAACUUAUACAUUAUGAUAUAGCAGGUGACGAUGACUAUCUGGAUAUAGAUUCCAAUACUGGGCAGGUAUCUGUGGGAAGGUCCUUGUAUGACUAUAGGCGAGAUAUCAUGGUGACAACUGUUGUCGCCACGGACCAGACCACCGGGUCUCCUGAUCGUCUGUCUUCAUCCGUCACGUUGACCAUCAACAUAAAGGAUGAUAAUGUAAGGCCGAACUUCCCAACGUCAACAGUCUACAAGCAACUACAGGAAGAGACGGAAGUCACUGGGGUAUUUUACACUGCUAUGGCAAAUGACUGGGACGGCACCACUAAUCGAAGGUGUCUGUGUACAUACAGGCUUGAAACUACAUCAAAUGUGUUUGAGGUGGAUUCCCAGUCGGGAGAGAUUGGGAUGAGAACAGGGACUUCUGUGGACAGAGAACGUGAUGGUCCGUAUGUUAGCCUUGGUAUCAUUGCGCGUGACCAGGGGUCACCUCAAAAGGAUUCAGAGACAUUGAUUUUGAAUAUCACUGUUCUUGACAUCAAUGAUCAAUCACCAAGAUUCCGUUACAAUUAUAUCCCCAUAUUUAAGAUUUAUCAGACCCUCUCGCCGGGGUCAGAGAUUGGUACUGUGACCUCAGAGGACAUGGAUGGGAUUCAGUACAGUGUGACGUUGUACAACAUCACAGAUCUGUUCUACUCCGCUUCAGGAACUUUUAGCGACAGGGACACGUCAAGAUUCGGUCCGUCAACCAUAGUAGCGGACCGUAACAAUGGAACACUUCGCACUACGCGAAGUCUCGAACUCAUUGGACAGACUGCAACAUUUUACAUAAUGCUUACUGUGGAAGCAGUUGAUCAGAACGAUCCCUCCAUGAAGGACACUACUCCAGUUAUUGUAGAAGUCAAGUACGCAGACCCAAACCAGUAUUACCCACGAUUUACUAAAGAUGUGUACCAAACAGAAAUCCCACGGAGUCACCCACAAACAGACGCUGUGUUAACAGUGUCGGCAACUGAUGCUGACCCGCCUCCGAAGAAUAGUAUAAAAUAUAGCAUCGCUGCAGGAAAUUACAGGGAUGUGAUGUCCAUAGACACAAGAAGUGGUGUGAUAAAACUUACAUACCUGCUAGAUGAAAAGUUUGAUGCUUCAAACCUAACCCUGACAGUUCGAGCCACAGACGGUGGAGAUAUACCCAAAUACAAUUCAAGCACUGUAAGGAUAACCUUGGCUGGGGAUUACCUGCCAUGUUUUACCUCUGCGAUGAGGACAGAAAUCGUGGCAGAAAAGGACUUGUUCUUUGCCGUCAUGCUAGGACUUGUAGGGGCACUCUGUAUAGCUAUUGGUCUGUGCUUCAUAUUAUUCUACAAGUACCGUACUGUGGAUAAACAGCUAGCUGUCUAUGCCCCAAGCGAAAGCAAAAAGAAAGACAACACGUACAGUGGCUUACAGCCAUUGUCGGAAAGACGUGAUCCGCAAUACGAUAUCACUGGGAGUUCCGAAACGAACGACGGGUACGAGCCUCUUCCUGGACCCGAAGCUCCCGGCGGCAGCACGUAUUCGACAGUACCAGAGCUAAGAGGCACAGCAGAACAGUCUCAUAUGAAUCCAGCGUAUAGUGCAAGUGAGGCUGACGUUGCAGUAGGAUUUCCAAAUCAACGAGUGUGACAGUGGUGGUUACAAAAUCUGACAUCCUAACUUAAUACCGAUUAUACAAACAGCACGACUUUAGGAGUACCAACGAGUGUGACAGUGGUGGUAACAAAAUCUGACAUCUUAACUUAAUGCCGAUUAUACAAACAGCACGACUUUAGGAGUACCAACGAGUCAGACAUCUCAGACAUCGGUGGUUACAAAAUCUGACAUCUUAACUUAAUACCGAUUAUACAAACAGCACGAUUCUACACCCAACAGAUAUAUUGGAUUUUCCAUUCUAUGUUAGAAACGACCUGGCUAUAACAGAACACAUAUAAACAACCACAUCAGAAAAGUAGUACAGUUUUACUAUAUUGGUGUGUAUUAAUGUCUUACUAAACAAAUCACUAAUGAAUAAGUUCAUUCAAUGUUUACUAUGUAAUGGCCCUGAAUGACCGAAUUGCGUCAGAUCACAACAGCAAUUUGAAUAUAUUUCCUUUAGGGUAAAGCUGUACAGUGUAAGCGUAUAUGAAUAUCUGCAAUUAUUUUUGUGUUGUUAUUAUUUUCAGAUGAACAUUUAAUGUCUCAUCAAAUCAUUUUGUCCUUUUUGUGCAUCAUGAACAAGCAGGAAAAAAUUAAAGUUUCUUCCAAACAUUUAUUAACUCUGAUUGUUAUGAAAAGAUAAACUGACAUAUGUAUCACAAUGAUGGAUAUUGACAUUGACACGUUAGUGAUUUACACUGGUGCCUAACUACCAUUUCACCGAGGUUACAGUCGGGAACCGACUUUCAACUUUCUGUUCAAGGAGAUCAAUUCUAGAUUUAUACUAAUGAAAGCCAUUGUAAUCAAGAAUAUAUCAUAGAGUUAAGAAUCACUUAGUGUGAUUCCAGUUAUAUAUAGCGUCCUCUGGAAUACAAGUUCAUGUUUCUAUACACAUGACAUCUCCAGCACAUACGCAGGCAUACACUCAUAGGGAGAUUUUAGCUAUUAUAUUCCUGAAAAUUGUAUUGAUUUAUGUAUAUGCUAAUUGUGUUAAUUGUAUAGCUAUGUACUGUAAAGCGCUUUAGAGUGGCUUAUGUUAGCUAGAUAGGGCGCUAUAUCAAAUGUUGUAUAUCAUUAUUAUACUCAAGCAGGCCUAGGUGUCAAAGGUUUGACUAUUCAUAAAAAAAAAUGUACAGGUUUUUUUUUAAAUUGUCUUCAAUUUUAAACAUUUAUAUUUCAAAUAAUAGAUGUAUUUUAAAUGUUCAUUAUCAACUGUUUUGUUUGAUUUCAAGCUUGUUUUGGAUAAAUGUGAUUAUUUCAAUCAAAAUCAAGUAUGCUCAAUCUUAUCAUUACUUUACCAUAUUAUUGUGGCAUAAAAAUCAUAGGAUAUUGUUAUAUAAUUGUUGAUUAAUAUUCUCAUUAUUUGUACUUUUGUGUAUGAAGCAUUACCGAGUGCGAGUCUAGCACGGUAGCAGUUUUUGUUUGAUAAAGGGAGGCACCUCUGUUAAGUCUCCCAUGUUCUGUGUUUGAUAGUGAUUAUUUGCGAGAGGGAAGAAUGCUAAUUGAUUGUAUUUGUUCACAGGGUCUCCUACACAUUAUAUAAUUUUGAUUAUAAUCAAGUAUAUAUGUAUAAGUGUAUUUACGUGUUAAUCAAUCGUAUUUGAAUCUUGUUUUUUUAUUCUUAUUUCAUCAAAUGUGCAUGCGUUGUAUUGAAAAAAGAAGUGUUUUUCAAACUAUCAUACCUUUCAAUCUUCAUAAUGUUGAGAUUCAAGUAUCUUCCAUUGUAUAAUGUUUACUUCAAAGUCAUGACAUGACAACUAUUUUCAUUUUGUUUAAAGAUCAUCUAGAAUAAUGAAUAAAUAAAAAUCCAUGAAUUAUUAUAGUGUUUGUAUUAUUAAUACCUAUGCAGUCUUCUUUCGUUAUCUAAGAAUUAGGAUUAUACAGCCGUAGUACAAAAACAAAUCCUAAAUUGAUAUAAAGUUGACGACUGUUGUAGACAACACUUGAUUGACAGGUACAGCCAUUAGUGCCUGCACAGCCACUGGCCAUUUCUCACUUAUAGGUAUGCGUCCUGUAGGUUUUGUAAGCAUUUGGAUAUCAGGGCAGUUGACUAUGACGACAAUGUGUUGUUUAGUGUUGUUGGUAUAAUUAUCAAUAUAAGGUACUGUGCCCCAAAUACUUUUCUUCCACAUCUGUGUUCUAGGGCAGUUUUAUCUGUAUUGCAUGUAUCAUUUUAUAAUUACAUGCGCGUACAAUAAUUACAUGCACAUUGUUCCAAUAAACCAUGUCUUAAAUUAUAUUAAUCUUUGAAAUAAACUAUAAUUCAUUUGAUUCAUUUCACCUCAUUUAUAGAACAAAUUAAAUCAAUUUACAGUAGCGUAGUUGCCUAAGGCUCGUAUUUUGUCAAGUAAUUGUUUUUUUGUCAGUGUAAAUUUAAGAAAUUGAAAAAUUAUUUAUGUGUUUUCAUGGAAAUUAAAGAUUGUAAUAUACCCAGGAUGUUUUUUAUCGGUCUAGUACAAAGUGCGAAAAAUCACGUUUAACUUUUUAAAAACUUUAAUACUCAAAAAGGAAAUACAACUUUCAAGCUUAUUUUUAAAAUAAUGGCAUUACCACAACGAUAAACAAUUUGUUGUCCAAAAUAAAUGAAAUAUCUAAAGUUCAGAAACACAUUCAGAGGACCCCCCUCGCAGUGAAACUGCCCCGUAUUCCAAGGCUUUACAUAAGAAUGCGUCAUUCUUUAAUUCCCGUGCUCCAACCUUACCUGAUUUGGCACACACAAGUAGUUGUAAAGUGCCGGUGUUAAGCCAACGUUUUUCGUGAGGUAUCGUGAGGCACCGUGAGGCAUCGUGAGGCACAUUGAGGUAUUAUGUAUAUAACCUUAUACAGUUUCGUGAGGCAUUGUGAGGCACCGUGAGGUAUCGUGAGGCACCGUGAGGCAUUGUGAGACACAUUUUUCGUGAGGCAUCGUGAGGUACAUUUUCUGUGAGGUUUUCAUAUAAGUACAUUUCAAGGUCACAUUUAGGUCAUAUUGAGGUCACAGUACAUGUUCUACAAAAAGUGCUGGUUUACCUGUGGUUUCAGUUGUAUUCCAUGGCACAGAAACAGGUCGACCUCGUCAACUGUGGAAACAUCGAUAUCUGCGAAAUCUCUGCUAGCAGUAUUACCUGUUGCAUAGGAUUAACACAGCAAGUCGUCGUUAAGAAGGUCAAAGGUGAGGUGAGUUUGUUUACGUGAGGAAAAAAAGAGUUUACAAAUUACAGGUGACUUCUUUAAAAAAUUGGUGUUUCAAUCUGAGAGCUUUCAAUGUGUUUAUUCAUUUAUGGAAAAUGGCAUGUGAGGGAACUGACAUUGUUUGCCACACCUUAAACGUAAUACAACCCCAUCAUCCAUCAUUGAUCAAUUGUAGUAAGCGCUUAGAUACAUUUACUGGUUAAAAUACCGUUAUCAUUCACCAUAUCAACUUGCAAAUAACGGAUUUUUCCAUACAGGUAUUGAAGACUGUGUUACUUGUUUCAUGUGUGGUGUUUCGUUAAAGCAUUGGACCUAUUUUGACGAUAUCAAAGCGGAGCACGCAAGGUGGUCAAAAGAUUGCCUUUAUCUUUAAAUGGUGUUUGAGUUUAAACAAUGAGUUUAAACACAUGUCUUUAGACAACUAAGAAAUGGAUGUUAACACGGAGUUAAUUAAGAAAAGACUGCAUGACUAUUUAUUCGAGGAAAUCGAAGAAAAGGCCUAUAGAAGAAUAUUAAAAAAUCUGAUGUGUCUGUCUUAUGCAUAUGCUGUCAGAUCUAAAAUUACCGAACUGUUCGUAUGUGCUGGAUGUGAAGAAGGGCUAGCCAAUCAACUAGGACAUAGUUGUGUGAUGCUUCCCUAUGACGAUGUGGUGGAUUUACAUUUUGACAAAGCAUUGACCUUAGUUACAGACCCAGACAUGUAUCUUUUCUUUGAGAACGGAGUAAGGGGAGGUGUUUCUAUGGUUUCUAAUAAAUAUGCAAAAGCCAACAAUCCCUACAUUCCCGAAUCGUACGAUUCCUCCCAUCCCGACUCGUAUAUCAUGUAUACGGACUGUAACAACUUAUAAUGGUAAAACCAUGUCAGAACCAUUGCCAGUUGGGGAUUUUCGUUGGACAGAAAACGCCGAUAAGUUUGACGUACUGUCUAUACCUAAAGAGGGUGAUCUAGGAUAUAUCCUUGAGGUCGAUUUGGAGGUGAGCGAAAGCGACCACGAUCUAAUGAGCGACUACCCUAUGGCUCCCGAGCGUAAAACCGUCUCGGACGAGGAGUUAUCUCCCACAAGCAAAGCACUGUGGAGAGAGCUAUACCCGAGCAAUGAACAUACAGAGUCUAAGCUACAUGGCCGCGUAAAAACAGAAAAACUGGUUCCCAAUUUACAAAACAAAAUUCAUUUGUCACUAUACAAUUUACAGCUGUAUUUAGAAUUAGGUUUGAAAGUUACAAAAGUUCACAGAGUGUUAGAAUUCAGACAAGUACCAUGGUUAAAGAAAUACAUCGACUUUAAUACUGCAAAAAGAAUGCUCUCCAAGAACGAAUUCGAAAAAGACUUCUUCAAAUUGAUGAACAACUCCGUCUUUGGUAAAACCAUGGAGAACGUUCGCAACAGGGUCGACAUUAAACUCGCACACACGACCAAAAAACUUAAAAAGUACUGUGCAAAACCUUUUUUUCCAAGAUUGACCAUUUUUAAUGAGGAUUUGACGGGUGUACAAAACGCUAAAAUAAAACUGUUUUUAAACAAACCCGUUUACAUAGGUCAAGCCAUCUUAGAUUAAUCAAAAUGUAUUAUGUACGAGUUCUACUACAAAUAUCUCAAACCGAAAUAUGGAGACGGGAUAAAAUUAUUAUUCACAGACACCGACAGUUUUUGUUACCACGUGCUAUGUGACGACAUCUAUGUCGACAUGUUGCAGGACAGACACCUGUUUGACUUGUCAAAUUAUCCCAAUGAGCACUUCUGUUACGAUUCGACCAAUAAAAAUAUACUUGGUUAUUUUAAAGACGAAACCGCAGGCAAGCCCAUCGUAGAGCUUGUAGGACUCCGUGCUAAAAUGUAUAGCUUUCGAUAUGCCGACCCAGAAAGUUUUACGUAUCAAAACAUGAGAAUCACUACCAAUUCUUUAUCACUACCAAUUCUUUCAAAGAGAAGCAGGUAGCUAAAGGCAUUGCCAAAGCUACCAUAAAGCGUGACUUGCGUCACGAGAUGUACAAAGAAUGUAUUUUUGACAAACAAAACAAAAUGUGUGAAAACGCUCCAUUAGGAACGUUAGACACCA